GGUGUGUCUUUGGUCGGGGGGCUGUGCAACAUCAAUCAAGGUGCCAACGUCGUGGCGCGCACUGUGAAUCAAUGGCAGGUCUUUGCGUGAGUGUCUGAUUCCUGCUUCAGUCCGUUGCUAGUCCGAUCCAUGCUGACGGUUCUUUGAUCUCAACAGCCACGAAUCAGGGCAUAUGUUUGGAGCGAUUCACGAUUGCGAAUCCCCUGCCUGCUCUUCGUCUCGCGCGCAAUGCUGCCCCUUUUCCUCCUCCACAUGUGACGCAUCAGGUGCAUAUCUGAUGAACCCAUCUUCCUCUUCUCGACAGACCACAUUCUCACCCUGCAGCAUCGGGAACAUAUGUUCCUUGAUCGGCAACCGACGGGUGCAGACCUCGUGCCUUGCCGAUGGUAGCGACCGCAACCUGACUAUUAUAACACCAGACGGAUGCGGAAAUGGUAUCGUCGAAGAAGGGGAGGAGUGCGACUGUGGUGGACAUUGUCAGGACGACGCCUGCUGUGAUGGGGCCACGUGUCGUUUCCGGGAGGGGGCAGGCGCUCGGUGUCGGGGGGAUCAUGGAAGUCAAUGUCAAGACGACAGCUGUAACAAUCGGCAGCCAACGGACUCGUGGUUUGAUCGCUACCGCUCGCUGGUGAUUGGACUGGUUUCCGGAAUCGGAGGAGGGUUUGUUCUUGGGGUGUUGAUUGUCUUGAUCUGGUGUUGCAGUACUCCUCGUCACCGCGCGGUGUCCAGAAAGCGUGCGCCUGUGGCAGCCCAGAGAUGAUCUGCGUCGCACGGUCCAAAGGCAGAAGAAAUCUAAAUGGCGAUACUUAUUCCUGCAUUAGCUCUAGAG